AUGCCGGGACUUCGGGUUCGCGUAUCAUCCAAGCGCCGGUGCCAGAUGGGCGAAGGACCGCACUGGGACGAGAAGGCCCAAGCCCUGCUGUACGUCGAUUGCUACGCGGGCUGCGUCAGCAGGCUCGACCCCGAGACGCACGAAGACAUCGACACUAUACACUUUGAGGGGACCAUUCCAUUCGCGAUACCACUGGCCAACCACCACCACAAGAUCAUCAUCGGCCAUAAUCACUACGUCAAGUUGACGGACAUGAAGAAGCGCCACGAGGAGUUGAUCGCCAUGGUCGAGACGGAGAACGCAGGCACGAGGCUCAACGACGCUAAGUGUGACGCCGCUGGUCGCCUAUGGACAGGCACCAUGGCCAUCGACAAGAAGCCUUUCAGCGUGGAGCCGGAACAGGGUUCUAUGUACAGCAUCGAGAAGAAGCACAUCCGCAAGCACAUCGAGCGGAUCACGCAGCCCAACGGCAUCGCCUGGACGGCCGACAACAAGAAGAUGUUUUUCGUUGACUCUUUACCGAGGAAGCUGUACGUCUACGACUUCGACAUCGGCAAAGGGGACAUCAGUAACCAGAAAGUGGUUGCGGACUUCAACCACCAACAGUACUGCGAUUUGGGACACCCGGACGGCGUCACCAUCGACCAAACGGACAAACUUUGGGUGGCAUGCUACAACGGGGCCCACGUCGUGAAGAUCGACCCUGUCACAGGAAGUCUUGUUCAGAAGGUGAAGAUCCCCACGCAGCUGGUGACGUCUUUGUGCUUUGGUGGUCCCCGCUAUGAAGACAUGUUCGUGACAACGAGCUUCAUUGGCCUAACUCGGGACCAGCUACAGAGUCAGCCGGACGCCGGCGCCAUCUUCAAGGUUUCGGGAAUUCCGGGAACGAAAGGACUACCGCCUAACUGCUUCGCAAUGUGAGGGUCCGGCGCCGGGGGGCGCCAUGGACCGGUCAAUAAA